GGCCGUCAUGUCGCGGCUCAUUGUCAAGAACAUCCCUUCUUAUGUUACCCCCGACCGCCUCCGCGAGUACUUUCAGCAGAAGGGCGCACCCUCCGGGACGAUCACCGAUGCCAAAGUCGCACAGAAAUCCGACGGCACGUCCCGAAGGUUCGGCUUCAUAGGCUUCAAGACGGACGCGGAGGCGGCAGCUGCGAGGGACUGGUUCGAUAGGACGUUCUUGGACUCCAGCAGGAUCGCUGUUCAGAUCGUUCAGGGCGCUAAAGAUGCUCCUGCGCCGCGGCCGAGCAAACGUCCUCGGCUAGGGCCUUCGCCGGCGGAGCGAGAUACACCGCAAGCGUCGUCAUCUACGCAUGUGAAGGAGAAGGAGCAGGCUAUGAAGACCAAGAACAAGAAGGACCAACAGCUUGAGGAGUUCAUGGAGACAAUGAAGCCUCGAAAGAAGGGCAGGACAUGGGCCAACGAGGAACCCUCUCCGUCGGCACAACCCGACGCUCUGCGUCAUCCGGACAAGAAAUCUCGGUCGACAUCCAAGAACCCCGAGGGCGCAUCGCCGGACAGGAAUGUUGAUCCUACAGGAGCGGACGAUGGUGACCAGGAGAAUGUCGGCAUGUCGGAUAUGGAUUGGCUGAAGAAACACAUGUCGAAGCGCGUGGAGGAAGUUGAGGCUGAAAAGGCGUUCGAGCAGUCUGAUGAAGAGGAUUCCAUGGAUACUCAGGAUAGGAACAAGGAAGCAGAUCAAGCUCCCCUCGAGCCCGAAGACCCGACGCGGCGAACUAUCCUCGAGACGUCUCGGUUAUUUCUGCGCAACCUUGCCUUCACAUGCACGGAAGCCGAUUUGGAAGAGCACUUCAGACGGUUCGGUGCUAUCUCUCAGGUGCACAUCCCACUCGACCAUGCGACAAAGCAAUCCAAGGGUCUCGCUUACAUCAAGUUCGCCAAAGCUCAGGACGCUGUCGAUGCUUACGACGCGCUCGAUAAGACGUCCUUCCAGGGCCGGCUUCUGCAUAUCCUUCCCGCCGUGGAGCGCAAGCCCCCGCCGGAGGUCCAGGAUGCAGAUGGGAAGAAGAAGACGGUGAAACAGGAGAAAGCCGCGCAGCGCAAGGCGAUGGCUGGCAAAGGCUUUAACUGGAGCAUGCUAUACAUGAACAGCGAUGCGGUCGUCUCCUCGAUCGCGGACCGAAUGAACGUCUCCAAAGCAGACAUCCUCAACCCGGAGUCCGAUAACGCCGCCGUCAAGAUGGCUCUCGCCGAGACGCAUGUCAUCUCGGAGACCAAAGCCUACCUGGAAUCGCAGGGCGUCGACUUAGCAUCCUUCGCCCAGCCAGCUCGAUCCGACACGAUCAUCCUCGUCAAGAAUAUCCCUUAUGGCACAUCAGCGGAUGACAUAAGGGCGCUGUUUGAGCCACACGGUGAUCUCACGAGGGUUCUGGUACCGCCCGCGGGAACGAUGGCGGUAGUGGAGUUCGCGCAGCCAGACGAGACGCGGAAGGCCUUCAAAGCGGUGGCGUACAGGAGGAUGGGCAACUCGAUCAUUUACCUCGAGCGAGGCCCGGAAGGGAUGUUCACGGGCAAGGUGCCAUCCGAGGAGGAGGCAAAUGGCGCCCUGGCGAAGGAGCCGGUUCGCAUAGAGGAGCCGGAGGAAGACGCUGCCGGGGAGGAGCUCUCGCUUGCGGCCGGAACAACGCUCUUCGUCAAGAACCUCGCGUUCUCUACGACGUCGGAACGGCUUACCCAGCUCUUGCGCCACUUGCCUUCGUUCGCUUUCGCGCGUGUGCAGACAAAGCCGGAUCCGAAGAAUCCCAACGGGCGCUUGAGCAUGGGUUAUGGCUUCGUCGGUUUCAAAGAUAAGGAAAGCGCAAAGAAGGGUAUGAAGAGUCUCCAGGGAACGGUAGUGGAUGGGCACGCGCUAAGCGUAAAGUGGGCGGGACGUGGUCAGGACGAGAAGGAGGGCAAGGAAGGGGAGGGCAAAGCGAAGGCAAGGACGACGAAGAUGAUUGUGAAGAACGUGCCGUUCGAGGCGACGAAGAAAGAUAUCCGAGAAUUAUUCGGCGCCCACGGGCAACUCAAGUCUGUGCGACUACCCAAGAAGUUCGACCACCGGUCUCGUGGGUUCGCGUUCCUAGAUUUCGUGUCCAGGCACGAAGCAGAGAACGCGUACGAGGCGCUCAAGCAUACACAUUUGCUUGGACGGCACUUGGUGCUCGAGUGGGCGAGCGAGGAGGAUGUCGAUGUCGAGGCACUGAGGAAGAAGGCUGGUGUUGGUUACGGAAGUGGCAAGGAGCUGCCUGGACGGAAAAGGAAGCUCAAUCUGGGCGGGGACGCAGAUGGGGACGAGAUGGAGGAGUGA